AUGAGCGUCAUCAACUACGCCGUCCGCCACCUGCAUGUCAAGCACAUUAUCGUCUGUGGCCACUACGGCUGCGGCGGCGUCAAGGCCGCCAUGACCCCCAAGGACCUCGGCAUCCUGAACCCCUGGCUGCGGAACAUCCGCGACGUCUACCGCCUGCAUGAGAAUGAGCUCGACCAGAUCAAGGACGAGUCCAAGCGCUACGACCGCCUCGUCGAGCUCAACGUUGUCGAGCAGUGCCGCAACGUCAUCAAGAGCGCUGCCGUCCAGCAGUCCUACAAGGAGAACAAAUACCCCAUCGUCCACGGCUGGGUCUUUGGCUUCCAGGACGGCCUGCUGCACGACCUCAAGAUUGACUUUGAGUCGGUGCUCAACGACAUUCAGAAGAUCUACAACCUCAACGAAUAA